AUGGAAGCAAUAACAAAGUAUGCGUCUGAAAACAAGUUAGAAUUUCUGCUGUUAUCUACUGCCUCUGCGAUCCUUCUCCAGCAGCUGAUAGAGAACAGAGAUUAUUUCCUCGGGUAUGAUCAGUUUUCCUCGAAGCAGAUUGUUUCCGGGCUAACAAAUUACUCGCAGCUCUGUUAUGCAAAUUCCAUGCUCCAGCUCAUCUCGACAAUGCCUGAAUAUUACAAUUACUUCAAACAACUGCGGGAAAAAUAUAUCUCCCCCGAAAAUAAUCAAAAAUCUGCCAAAAAUGCGAAAGUGCUACAAACGAUAAUUGAAACCAUCGAGCGGAUAAAUCGCAUUUGUCCUGCUGGAAGCUUCUUCGAUGCGUCAACAAAGCUAAUUGGGUUACUAGCUUCUGAUUCAAAAUGGGCGACGUCUCAGCAGGAUUGUCUUGAAUUAUGGACGAGAAUGGAGAGCGCGAUUGAACUUGAGUGCCACAGAUCCAUCAGUAACUUUGGUUUUUUGAGCUAUAAGAGUUCAAAAACCGCUGAUCCUUUCAAAUGGCCGACUCAUUUCUCGACGCUCCGAGAAAUGGUCUGUUCCGUCUGCGGAAAACGAAAAGACUCGCGGGUCGAGAAGCUUCACAUGUUGACCUUGGAGCAAAAAUACUCCGCAAACAGCCUCGAACGCACGGACCUUGAGACGUCCCUGGAGCACUAUUUCAAGCCCGAAACGUUGAUCGUCAAUUGCGAGGGCUGCUCGACCACUUCUGAUCAUGAAUCUGGCGGGCAAUCGUCCGUGAUGCCCAGCUUUGACUCUUCGCCUGAGAUUUCCCUACAAGACAGUCUCCACAAAAAGUCCCUUUCCUUCGCCUCUCUUCCAAAGUAUUUGUGCAUACAAGUCACCGCCUUGUGGGAUCCAGUGUCUGGCAAUUCCUUUCGUAACCUCCGCCCGUGGAGGUAUCCGGAUUGCCUCGAUUUAUCAAAGUAUUGCUUUCUUCAACAGUUCGAAUCUCAGAAAUCCAAUUUCAAUUCAAAAAUUUAUCAUCUCGAAGCAGUAAUCGUUCACGUCGGUUUUGAUAAUUGCGGUCAUUACUACACUCUGCGGAAGAUCGAUAACGCCUGGUACAUGUGUAAUGAUGCGCUUAUUCAACGAGUCUUGACUGGACUAAACCACAACGGUGCCUACAUUCUUCUUUAUACGAGAUAA